AUGACCAACCAAAAAUAUACGGCUCCCGUACUUAGCUACGUCAAGUUCGAUCCCGGUGCCGCUCUGGAGGCAAGCACGAAGAAGCUGUUAAUCCAUCGGGCAUCAACGAUGACCUCAGCCCUGCAGCCUCAUAGUCGCAAUUUGAAUUCCCUCUUAGACAGCCAGGAUCUCGCCGAUGAGCGCACAACCUAUCCCCAGAUCCUGCAGUCUACAUAA